GACGACAAAGCAGUGCGACGAGAAACCGAGCAGGGAGACCUUCCAGGAUGAUAGUGACAGCUCUAUAGAUAUUGGUUUUAAGGCAAUUUAAAGUAAAAAAUGGAAGAUCAAAAAUCCACAGAGGAGAAAGCAAAGAAUUUUAUAAUCCCUUCCCAGUUGCCAGAAUUAUCCCAGGUACGCCCCCUUUUCCAGACGACAUCAGUAGAACAUUUAGCCCCAGUGGCAACAUGUGGAACCUACGCUGAUUACAUUGUCCAGCAACAGCCCAAGAUUCAAGAAAACACUGGAAUCAAGGUUGCUGCUAGAGAAAAUACGGCAUUGUCGACAGGACAAGAAGCUAUUGCAUCUACAAGUCCAGGAGGAGGAAGGAGCUGUAUUGUAGUCAGUACGCGACAGAGAGGAAACCCUCUCCUUAAACAUCUACGAAAUGUACCCUGGGAGUUUGGAGACAUUGUGCCAGAUUACCUGCUAGGAGACUCAAGUUGUGCACUAUUCCUGAGCUUAAGAUAUCACAAUUUAAACCCUGAAUACAUACAUUCUCGCCUUCGAUCUCUUGGACAGUGCUUUGCCCUUCGUGUGCUUAUGGUACAGGUGGAUGUGAAAGACCCCCAUUUCUCAUUAAAAGAGUUGGCGAAGAUCUGUAUUCUAUCUGACUGCACUUUAAUACUGAGCUGGAGUCCAGAGGAAGCAGCACGCUACUUGGAAACAUAUAAAUGCUAUGAGCAGAAGCCAGCCGAUGUACUGAAAGAGAAAACAGAGAGGGACUUCAUAUCUAGGAUGACAGACUGCCUCACUACUGUGAAAUCUGUGAACAAAUCAGAUAGUGGAACUUUGUUUACCACCUUUGGGACAUUAGCCGAUAUUGCAAACUCAUCCCGAGAAGACCUCUCCCUUUGUCCAGGACUUGGGCCACAAAAAGCUAAGAGACUGUAUGACACACUACAUGAACCAUUUCUAAAAUCUUGCAAGUAAACAAAGGCAUGAAGUCUCCAGGAUCUGAGAAAGUGGACUUUCAGUUAACAGCUCAUCAAAGCAAUUUAUUGAAACCUCUCAAACAAUCUUGCAUAUAAUUAUGAGGACUACAGCCGAACACCACCUGGAGAGAGCUGCAAUUUGCUUCUCUAAUGUAUAGUUUUGUAAAUUAUUUUCUUACAAUUUUUAUUAAAACCAUUUAAUAUGCAAA